UAGUUCCAACUUCUUGAGCGAGCGGACAAAAACAGUGACGGACCAGCAAGCUAUGCGUGUAAGGGGUAUUCGUCCCAUAAUAUAAAAUUAACGGUGUUUUUCGUCGGCUUAAAUUGUAAAAUCUGUGACGCUAUGAAUUCUGCCAUCGGAAAGUUGCAGAUUUCUCUUGCACAACAGUUAGUUGUAUUGAAUCGAGCAGCAGCGUUUCUACGUCGGACCACAGCUUCUAUCCAGCUUCCUGUCAGUGGCGGCAUAGGUUCUGUAAACGGAAGGCAGUACAGAGCCAUGCCAACCCAUGGGAUUGGGAGGUGGAGGCAUCUUUCGCUUAAAGAAGCGCCGAAGAAAAAGAAAGACAGGCAUCAGAUGAAGCAGAUCAUGCCUGCAACGGACACCGAGUAUGCGACUCUGAAUGUUCAAGUGUCGGGAUAUGACAUGGUGGUGGUGGAGCAUUACUCCCAGUAUAUCCACAACCUGAGCAACCGGCUAGGCAUUAAAGUGGGAGAUAGCUACGCCUUGCCAACCAAGAGCACAGAGAUCAUGCUGAUGCAAGAGCAAGGUACCAAGCUGUACGUCGAAGGCGUGCUCAAGACUCAUGAACGGGUUGUCCAGCUAAACAAUCUGAAUACCACAUUGUGCCCCAUCUUCAUAGAUAUUCUCUUGCAGAAUCAACCUGAGGGAGUCCAGCUCUCUGUUAAGGAGCAUACUGAGGUGGAUUACCAUGCACGUUUCAAGGCACGUCCAGAGUUGGAGGGACUCCUCGUACAGAUGGGCCAUAAAGACUGAGAACAUUGUGACUUUUGAAUUCCCCAGUUGCACGACACACAAUCUUUUUACAACCUGCCCCCCACCCCCGCCCCAGCUGCAUUUUAUUGAAAGUGAUCAACCCAGUGGACUGUUCCCAUUAGAAUAAUUGUGUCGAUUGAGAUAAAAAUAAAAGCUGAAUUCUGGCAUUACUGCGUUAUCAGUGCAGAGAAUAGAGCACAAUAACUUGGUUUCAAACACACUAAAGUAAGAUCUUAAAGUUUGAGGUUUUAGAUACUGAUCUGUAUGAUGCUAACAACAAACAAAGCUAUUGUACAAAGCUGAUUUUAGUUGUUAACUGUUACAGCAGGUGAUGGUCACAAUCAGCUAACCUGUGUGCGCGCUUGUUUUAUA